AAUUUUGUGCUGGAGUAUUUAACUGUCGUGUACAAUUACAAACACACAGAGAAGAAGAUCACCACCAUCAAAAAGCUUUGAAACCACUGUCAUUGUGUUCACCAUUGCCAUUCUCCCUCACUGUCGCCGGCACCGCUGCUUUCUUUCAUCACUUUGAAGUCAUCACCGUCGCUUUUUAGAUUCAACUGAACCUCUCCCACUUUUACUCCUUAAAAUAAUCGUUAUAGAGUUUCGCGAUCUUCACCGGCCCGAAAAUUACCUAAUCUAAGGGUUUCAGUUAGGGAGGGAUUCAAUUCCCAUAGAUUGAGAGACGAAUAUUUGGCUUCAUUUUCUAACUUAAAUGGCUCAGAUUCCAAACUUAGAUAACUCUCCUCUGAAUCUCAAAUCCCUAAGGGAACUGUCUCAAAGAGAGCUCGUAAAUAUCCUCAAGAAUAUUCGGGGAAAGAAGUGCUUGGUGAUUGAUCCAAAGCUUAGUGGCUCUCUUUCAUUGAUCAUCCAGACAUCAAUUUUAAGGGAACAUGGUGUUGAACUGCGGCAUCUUUCAGCAGACCCAAUUCAAACUGAUUGCACCAAGGUGGUCUACCUAGUUCGUUCUCGGUUUAAUUUGAUGAGAUGCAUAUGCUCACAUGUUCAUAAUGAUACAUCUAAAGGACUUGAGAGGGAGUAUUAUAUUUACUUCGUACCUCGCCGUGAGGUUGUUUGCGAGAAGGUGCUUGAGGAAGAGAAAGUUCAUCACUUGAUGACCAUAGGAGAAUUCCCCCUCUACAUUGUUCCGUUGGAUGAGGAUAUAUUAUCAUUUGAACUUGAUUUCACUAACAAAGAUUGCCAAGUUGAUGGUGAUACAAGCUCCCUUUGGCAUAUUGCUAAGGCCAUUCACAAGCUUGAGUCUUCUUUUGGAGUGAUACCACAUGUGAGGGCCAAAGGCAAAGCAUCAGUACGUGUUGCUGACAUUCUCAGUCACAUGCAAACAGAAGAACCAGUCAACUCCUCUGAUAUGGGUGUUCCAGAGAUAAAUACAGUCAUCCUUCUGGAUAGGGAGGUGGACAUGGUUACUCCUAUGUGUUCUCAAUUAACAUAUGAAGGGUUACUGGAUGAGUUUUUGCAUAUCAAUAAUGGUUCUGUGGAGCUUGAUGCAUCGAUAAUGGGCGCACAACAACAAGAGGGAAAAAAGAUGAAAGUUCCACUGAAUUCAAGUGACAAGUUGUUCAAGGAGAUCAGGGAUCUCAAUUUUGAAGUCGUUGUCCAGGUCCUGCGGCAAAAAGCAACAUCUAUGAAGCAGGACUACACAGAGAUGACAACAACAAACCAGACAGUUUCUGAGUUGAAGGAUUUUGUUAAAAAGCUCAACUCAUUGCCAGAAAUGACUAGGCAUAUAAAUCUUGCACAGCAUCUGUCAACAUUCACAUCCAAGCCAUCCUUUCUAGCAAGGCUUGACAUGGAACAUACUAUUGUUGAGGCUCAGAGCUAUGACAUAUGCUUUGAGCACAUUGAAGAAUUAAUCCAUAAGCAGGAACCUCUUGUCAGUGUUCUGCGGCUGCUCAUCUUGCUUUCUGUUACAAGCUCAGGGUUGCCCAAAAAGCAUUUUGAUUAUUUGAGGAGGGAGCUACUCCACAGCUAUGGGUUUGAGCACAUGGCAACUUUGAAUAAUUUAGAAAAAGCUGGAUUGCUUAAAAAGCAGGAAACCAAGAGCAACUGGCUGACAGUGAAGCGCGCCCUACAACUUGUGGUUGAAGAUACUGAUACUGCCAACCCAAAUGACAUUUCCUAUGUCUUUUCUGGAUAUGCACCACUGAGUAUCCGUCUUGUUCAGCAUGCUGUUCGAUCUGGAUGGCGUCCUAUGGAAGAAAUUUUGAAGAUGUUGCCAGGACCACACUCAGAAACAAAGAGAACUGGAGUUCUAAGCAGUCCAUCUUCUGACACACUGUACAGAGCUUCUGAAGCUGCAGACAGAUUAGCUGAUGGAAGGCGCGCCCUUGUACUUGUUGUAUUCAUCGGAGGGGUUACGUUUGCAGAAAUUUCUGCUCUCCGAUAUCUCAGUGCUCAGGAAGGGAUGGCAUAUGAUUUGAUCAUAGGAACAACAAAUAUUGUCAAUGGAAAUACCUUGGCAGAAGCAUAUGUGGAGCGUUUUGGUUGAUUUUAAAUUGCCAUUUAUCUCAUCCUGAGGUGAAAAUUGAUUGGCAGCUUGUGGAGCUGGAAAGCGAGACUGGUUAACAGCAGUAUCAGAACACUUGUGGGAGAUUUUGAAGUUAUUUAUGGUGUGAAACUGUCCCCUUCAUGGUGUUGAACUUAACUAAUGCUAAAAUUUCAAAUAUAUAUCUUUGAAUUGAAAAACACAUUUAAAAGAUUGAACAAUAAAUUUAUUUAUAUGUUUAAUUUUAA